AUGGGUCUAAGGCUUAGAGCACUUGAAGACUUCCCCAUCAUGAGAUGCCAGGUCUUUUAUUGGGUACUGGUUCUUAACUCUGGACUUCUCUACAAGUUUUGUCAAACUAUCAAAUGCAGAGCAAGUUGGAGGCCUGCCAGAGCACCCAGAGGAUGGAAUGAAGCAACAGAGAGGCAUCAGGAAAGGAGAACACAGAUGGAGACAGAGGUGGGAGGCAUAAGCGCCACCUACUGGCACACUUGCACUUGCACAGACAGGAGGGCUGAAAAGUUGGUCGUGGAUGGAAAUAACUGCUUGUUUCACAAAUGA